AUGGUCGCAGCCUUUGUUGCCUCAAGCAUCAUGAUGAAUGCGUACCCGAAAAGGAUGCAUCCCGGGGUGAGGAUCAUAGGAAUUGAUGGCGGUGGUGCGCGAGGUGUAACGCCCCUCGAGUUCCUAGGUGAACUACAGAAAUUACUUGGAGAUUGUCCAAUCCACGACAUGGUUGAUCUUGCAGUUGGUACAAGCUCCGGGGGGCUGACUGUACUGGCCAAAUUCCACCAAAAGUGGCCUGUCUCCCAUUGUGCUAGUGUAUUCGAGACCCUUGCCCGCCGAUGUUUUUCAACUUCUGGGUCCGCAUUAGGCAGACUGAAAGCAGUGGUUAAGUAUAUAACUAGCGACGCAAUGUACGAUGAGCGAUUCCUGGAAGGUGCCCUUCAAGAGAAUUUACCAGGACAUUUGUUUGGCUACGUCCCUGGCAUAGCAUCAGGGACAAAGGUGGCACUUACCGCAACGUCUGGGGGGAACGAACGUUCAAUAUUCGCAAACUACAACGGUACAGCACAACCGACGGGGUAUACAGUGGUUCGACCCGAAAACAAUGACGACGAAGCUUCGUUAUGGCAAGCAGCGCGUGCAACAACAGCAGCCCCUAUAUUCUUUAAGCCUAUCACGGUUGACGGUCAAGAGUAUUGGGAUGGUGGGCUUGGGUUCCCCAACCCGAUUGAACUAGCUAUGUGGGAGUCUGCCCGUAUUUGGGACAAAAACAUAUCACGCGAUGUCGUCAUCUCUCUAGGGACCGGAGAAGCCUCUAAGGACCUGCCUAAGAGAAAAACCCACUCCAUACAGAGGCUAUGGACUUCCUUUAUGGACUUCCUCGAUGGACAUACUAGAUAUGGUGAUAUUAGAAAUGGGUUGGAUGAGCAACGCAGGCAAGACUUCUUUCGUUUGAAUAUCGAGCUACCAUUCCCAAUUCGGCUGGACGAUGUUCAAAGUAUACCGCUACAGAAAGAGCAAAUACACCUACGCCCGCAAGGUCAGCUUAUUGAAGUUGCAACAGCCCUAUUAGUCUCCAACUUCUACUUCCAACUCGAUACUUCGCCUACCUAUGAUGGAGGCUUUUACUUAUGUGAAGGUUCAAUUCGGUGUCGCGGCGACUACAAAGACAUAGUCAACGCUCUCACAACUCUAUAUCAGCCUGAGAUGGAGUUUGUUACUGCGAACGAGACCCUCACCUCGCUGGAUCUACAAGGUUGUCAAACGUGCACCCUUUAUAACAAACAUGUUUCCUUUUAUGUCCGACACCCUACAGAAAUUGUCACAAUAUCGCUACGCUUGGCGCAGGGCAUCGAAAGGAAAAUAAGCGGCUUUCCCAAAAAAGAUCCGGAACUGCCCGACAUGUUCCAGAUCACACAAAAGAAAGUAUCGGGAUAG